AUGAGUCAUUUUGCAUCGUACUUAGACGUCAUCGACGACAAAACCCACGGUCUCCUCGAGCCGCCUUCGGUUGCCUACAGCAACGUCACAGUACGACGUGCCUUCAUAGUGUGGAUGUACUGCGGUCAAAAGAACAAGUUCCAAGACGUCUGCAACUACUUCCAUUACUUAGAAGCACUGGAAGAGAAGUUAUCGGCCGAGGGUCGUGCAUCGAGUAGACACCACGAGUUCGAUCUUUUCACAAAUCAACCACCAACGUCCACAUUUUUGGCGCUUAAUUUUCCAAAGCUAUACACCGAAUCACUGCUGCAACAGCAUAUUGCUAAAGUAGAAUCGUGUAAACAUGACGCAAGUGUAAUUAAAAUGCAAGAAUUUGACAAGAUCGUUCAGAAAAGCGGAACCUCAGGAAACGAGAUAGUAGAAGCGAGUAAAAUGAUAAGAAACUAUUGUAAAAUGCAUAUGAAGACGUUGGAAAGAUUUCUGAAAGAGUUCAAAGAGCACACAGAGAAAUGUGGCCUCUCCAAUACCGUUGGAAACGUGGCAUUUUAUAUCAAGCGAAAAACAAUCCAAGCUGAGAUAGAACUAGAAGCGAAUUACGCUAUGACUUUGGAACUACUCGCUAGAAAUGAUGCAGCAGUUGAAGAAUUAUCUACAAAUAUUCAAGUUCAAUGUAAAACUGUUCGGGCACAGUCUGAAAUUCUAAGGGAACGUAAUUCGUUAAAUGCUAUUAAUACUAAAACACUCGUAGCAGGUAAAAAUUGUAAAAAAAUCAGUUAUGAAAUGCCAAACGUAUCCAACAGCAAAUUAAGGAAGGAGUUCGCUAACAAAUUUCAAAUAAUUGAUAAAAAUGGAGUUAAAGAUAAAGAAAACAUACCACAAGAGAAAGAAAACAAAUGGAAUGCUAUAUCUGAAGCUUUUUUAGAUAGACCUCUUGAUUGUGGUGGGAUCGACGAAACCAUGUUUAGGACACGAAGAUUUUCAGGGUCUAAUUUUAUUAAGCGAGACAUCCUAAAGCUUAGAAAAAUAUAA